AAUGUAACUAUUAUGUCAGAUGACGACAAGAAAGACAUCUUUUACAAAGAUUUAUUUAGAGGUACUUUUGUAGACCAAAAUGAAUCUGCAGGAAGUGAUUCUGAUGGAAUCAGCGACAGUGUUGUAGGGAAUGUGAGUAAAUCGUUAGCUAUAUCUUCUGGAUACACUGGAAAAUUACAAAAAGGUCAUCUUAUAUUCGAUGCAUCUUUUGAAAGCGGUACUUUAUUUACCUUCCCUAAUUACCGAUAAGGAAAUCUUGGAAAGGUUGUGUACGUCAAUGAGUAUGAGUAUAACCUAUUUAUACGUCCGGAUACAUGUAAUGCACGAUUCAGAGUAUGGUUUAAUUUCACAGUAGAAAACACUAAACAUGAACAGAGAGUAAUUUUUAAUAUUGUAAAUUUUAGUAAGACAAAGUCUUUGUAUCGAGAAGGUAUGUCCCCAGUUGUUAAAUCAUCAAGCCGUCCUUCCUGGUCUCGCAUUCCACAAAAAUGUGUUUUCUACUACAAGUCACCUGAGCAAAAGAAAAAAUACGUUAUGUCUUUUGCAUUUUCUUUUGAUUGUGAGGAGGAUGUCUAUCAAUUCGCGUACUGUUAUCCGUAUACUUAUAGCAGACUACAGACGUACUUAGGAAUACUAGAAACUAAACAGUAUACCCAUUUCAAGAGAGAACUUUUGGGCCUCACAAUACAACAAAGACGUCUAGAUCUUAUAACAAUUACUCAUCCUAGUAAUCUCAACGAAACGGCUAAUAAAAAACGUGUGAUAUUUGUGACUGCUCGUGUUCAUCCGGGUGAGACACCAUCAUCUUACGUUUGCCAAGGAUUUAUUGAUUUCAUGGUUAGUGAUCAUUCAAUAGCUCAACAAUUACGUGAACGUUUAAUUUUUAAAAUUGUUCCGAUGUUAAAUCCAGAUGGUGUUUAUUUAGGAAAUUAUAGAUCAUCUUUAAUGGGAUUUGAUUUAAAUAGACAAUGGCAGUCUCCAUCCUUAUGGGCACAUCCUACUAUUUAUGCGACGAAACAGUUGUUAAUGAAUUUGGACAAUAAUCCAUUCAUUGAUGUGAAUUUCUUCAUUGAUAUACAUGCACACUCUACACUAAUGAAUGGAUUUAUGUAUGGAAAUAUAUAUGAGGAUGAAAAACGAGCAGAAAGGCAAGCUAGAUUUCCAAGUUUGUUAAGUCAGUUUGCUGAAGACUUUAGUUUACCUCAGACAAAUUUCAAUAAAGAUACAUUAAAGGCUGGAACUGGUCGACGCACAUUGGGUGGUAUUCUGGACGAUCAUACUAUUUGUUAUACUUUAGAAGUUUCAUUUUACAGUUAUACAAAUAUGUUAACCAAUGAAAUGAUUCCAUAUACCGAAGAAAAGUAUGCUCGACUAGGCAGAAAUUUAGCGAGAACAUUUUAUGAAUAUUACUCAAAUGAAGGUAUUUUAUGUAAAAUGUCGUCAUCAUCUAGAGGUGAUUCGAUCCAUUCAUCUGAUAAUAUUUCGAUAUCAAGCUAUUCCUUACAUAACAAUCAUAAUUUAUCAAAUAUCAAUUCAGAGGAUGACCACAGUCAACAUCACCAUAAUAAUGUAAAUAACUAUGGAAUAAAUAAAGAAUCAAUUGUCCAAACCACUUCAUCUAAAUAUUGUUUAAAAGAUAGACUAAAAUAUAAUUAUGAUCAGUUAAAAAGAUUAAAUCAGACAUUGAAUUCAUUAAGUUGUAGUACAAUAUCGGAUUCAUUUUCAGUAAGUUCACACUCACUCAGAUCAACAUCAAAAGAUAAGAGCUGAAAAAUAGCCUAAUAAAUUGUAUAUGGUGGAGAAAUGUAAAAUAAUAAUUACACGGUGAUGCCGAAAAUUACUUAAUCUACUUGACUUCAAAAUAAAAAAAUAGAUCAAAUGUUUAAUCAAUGUUCUCUGCACUACUGACUUAUAGUGUAUUUGGUUCCUUGUAUAUGUAUUUUAUUCUUCUCUUUCAUUUCUUUUUUUCUAGUAAAAUAACGAUAAUACACAAUAAGAAUGAAUAUUUUGCUGUACACUUCAAUGUACUAUAGUCUAUCUACUGAAUUGUAAAUAAGCAGACUGAACAACUGUGUUGUUAAUAAAUCUAUU